GACUGGCUUGUUCCACUCCAGUCCUGCUCUCGAGGCCCCUGGUGUUCAAACAGAAGGAUGGUGGCCAGAGGGGAAAUGGCAAGAUUUUGGAGUCUGGAAAGUCUGCAUAUGGUUUCUACAGAUGGAGGUACCGAGUCCUCGACCUUAGUCGAUGACAAUGGGAGUGAGGAGGACUACAGCUACGAGGAUCUCUGCCAGGCCAACCCUCGCUACCUGCAGCCUGGUGGGGAGCAGCUAGCCAUCAAUGAGCUUAUCAGCGAUGGCAGUGUGGUCUGCGCAGAAGCCCUGUGGGACCAUGUGACCAUGGAUGACCAGGAGCUGGGCUUCAAGGCUGGGGAUGUCAUCCAGGUCCUGGAGGCCUCCAAUAAGGACUGGUGGUGGGGCCGGAAUGAAGACAAGGAAGCCUGGUUCCCUGCAAGCUUUGUCCGGUUGCGAGUCAACCAGGAGGAGCUGUUGGAGAACUCCACCAGCACCCAGGAUGAGGAACAGGAUGAGGGUGCUGGCCACACGCAUCUCAAACACACGGAGAACAAGCACCAGAUGAGGACAAACGUGAUCCAGGAGAUCAUGAACACAGAGCGGGUGUACAUCAAGCAUCUCAAGGACAUCUGUGAGGGCUACAUUCGCCAGUGUCGUAAGCACACAGGGAUGUUCACUGCUGCGCAGCUAGCCACUAUUUUUGGGAACAUUGAAGAUAUUUACAAGUUCCAAAGAAAGUUCCUGAAAGACCUUGAGAAACAGUACAAUAAAGAGGAACCUCACUUAAGUGAAAUAGGGUCCUGCUUUCUUCAACACCAAGAGGGCUUUGCCAUCUACUCCGAGUAUUGUAACAACCACCCUGGCGCCUGCCUGGAGCUGGCCAGCCUCAUGAAGCAGGGCAAGUACCGACACUUCUUUGAGGCCUGCCGCCUGCUUCAGCAGAUGAUCGACAUUGCCAUCGACGGCUUUCUGCUCACACCCGUGCAAAAGAUCUGCAAGUACCCUCUGCAGCUGGCCGAGCUGCUCAAGUACACCACGCAGGAGCACAGUGAUUACAACAAUAUCAAGGCUGCCUAUGAGGCCAUGAAGAACGUUGCCUGUUUGAUCAACGAGCGGAAACGCAAGCUGGAAAGUAUAGACAAGAUCGCCCGGUGGCAGGUGUCCAUUGUGGGCUGGGAGGGACUGGACAUUCUGGACCGGAGCUCCGAGUUGAUCCACUCUGGAGAGCUGACCAGGAUCACAAAGCAGGGCAAGAGCCAGCAGCGGACCUUCUUCCUGUUCGACCACCAGCUGGUGUCCUGCAAAAAGGACCUGCUGCGCAGGGAUAUGCUGUACUACAGAGGCCGGACGGACAUGGACGCCAUGGCACCGGUGGACCUGCCGGACGGGCGGGACCGCGACUUCAACCUCACCGUGAAGAACGCCUUCAAGCUUGUCAGCCAGGUCACGGACGAGGUCCACUUGUUCUGUGCCAAGAAGCACGAGGACAAGGUGCGGUGGCUACAGGCAUGUGCGGACGAGAGGCGGAGGGUGCAGGAAGACCAGGAGCUGGGAAUGGAAAUUUCAGAACAUCAAAAGAAACUCGCCAUGUUAAAUGCACAAAGGGCAGGACAUGGAAAGGCCAAAGCUUACAGCGGGUGCCCUGUGCCGCCGCCCCACCAGAGCUUCCUCCCCAUCCACCAGCGCCACAUCACUGUGCCCACCAGCCUCCCGCAGCAGCAGGUCUUCGCGCUGGCUGAGCCCAAGCGGAAGCCUUCGCUCUUCUGGCACACCUUCAACAAGCUCACCCCGUUCAAGAAGUGA